AACUGCGUCACAUCCUGCUGUGUGGUAGCCAGCUGCUUCUGGAGGCUGGCAGCAGCGCCCGACUUCUGUUCCAGGGCCGUCUGCACUUGUGUGAGCUCGCGCUGUGACUCUGCCAGCUGCUUCUGGAGGCUGGCAGCAGAGCUCGACUUCUGUUCCAGGGCCGUCUGCACCUGUGUCAGCUCGCGCUGCGACUCUGCCAGCUGCUUCUGGAGGCUGGCAGCAGCGCCCGACUUCUGCUCCAGGGCCGUCUGCACCUGUGUCAGCUCGCGCUGCGACUCUGCCAGCUGC